AAAGAUAGGCUCGUAUAUCAUCGUUCACCCAAUCAAUCUCUUGUUUGUGAAAUUGAAAGUCAUAAUAUUGGUAUUACGUGUUCUUGCUCUCUCUCUACUUUGUUGUGCUAUUCCUAGGCCGCCGUAGAAUCUUUAUCCGAUUUCGAGCUUCUUCAAGAUGCUGCAAGUUAUGAACUCUAGGAGGCACUUUUCUUGAAAGGCAGCGAUGAUUGGUUUUCAGAACUAUAUCCUAUGUUUAGAUUUACUUGGUGACAAAAAGAAAGCUAUCAGCUAGUGAAGGAGUACUGACACUUUUUGGCCUUUUCAACUCAUGGACAUACAUUUCUCUUUGUUAAGAAGGAUCAGGUGAAAAUAAGCUGAGCAAUAUGGGUGUUUCUAGAGCUGUGUCUUCAUCUUUACCGGUUUUUCCAACCACUCUCAAAGAGAAGUAUCCAAAAAUGCCAGAUUCCUUUCAGGUUUCCUCAGAAAGAGAAGUAAUGACUGCUCCCGCUUCCCAUCAGCCAACUCCAUUGCUGUGUAACAGUGGCAGAGUCGAGCACUUGUUUUCAUCAGGUUCUAGAUUCCCGAAAGACAUUCAUUUUUCUUCAGUUUCCUCUCAAGAAACGCAUUCCCCCCAAAAUUCUCCACUUAUUUCUCAGUCAUCAAGUGGUGGAACAUCUUUGCUACCAACCCAUUCUUCUCAUUUAGGUGUACAAUCCACACCAUUGAUUAAUUACCCCAAAGAAAACAGUGAACUAUCUUGGGGCACAGAUUCACUUCCACAUUUCCUUGAGUUUCCCGAAAAUGUCCCUCUCCGGAAUGGGCAGAUGGAAAGCAGUACUGGUGCAUUGACAUCCGAAGAAAAUGCCAAGACAAUUGAGUGGCAGGAAUGGGCAGACCAUUUAAUCACUGUUGAUGAUGUUUUAGACUCAAACUGGAGUGAGCUUUUUGUUGAUGCCGUACCAGAUCCAAAACCAAAGGUGCUGGAACCAUCUGGUGAUAUCUCUGUGCACCAGUCUCAAAUUUAUCAUCAUCAUCCCGUACCAUCUGGGGAAAUUUGUCCUGUUGCUAGCCCAUUGUGCACUGUAGCCCCAACCAAGCCCCGCAUGCGAUGGACACCAGAACUUCAUGAAGCCUUUGUGGAAGCUGUCAAUCAACUCGGGGGUAGUGAACGAGCUACGCCAAAGGGUGUCUUGAAUACCAUGAAUGUUGAAGGAUUAACUAUCUAUCAUGUGAAAAGCCACCUGCAGAAAUAUAGAACAGCCAGGGACAAACCAGAAUCAUCAGAAGGAACUUCAGAGAAAAAGUUUACUCCUAUUGAAGAAAUGACAACUUUAGACUUGAAUACGAGUAUGGGGAUUGCUGAAGCAUUACAACUGCAGAUGGAAGUUCAGAAGCGGCUUCAUGACCAACUCGAGAUUCAGAGAAAUUUGCAGUUGCAAAUUGAAGAGCAAGGGAGGUGUCUUCAGAUGAUGUUUGAGAGACAGAGGAAGAUGGAAAAUGGAAGGUUCGAGACCUCUUCAUCCAAUCCAGAUGAACCCUCUCCUCCAAUAUUAAGCACAAUGCAGUCCUCCCCUGCUGAUGACAAAUUAGAAGCCCCAGCGCAGGAUUUUGGCGGGAAGGAAAUUGACGCAAGUAAUGCCAGCUUGGCAUUGGAAGAAAUUUCUCAAAACCUGAGUGAAAAACAAAUGGCACCUGAAAGCAAAGCCAGCAAGGACCUUGAGAUGGCUGCUGGAGGAUCUAGUUCCUCACCUAGAAAGCGUGCAAAAGCCGAUAAAACAACAGCAUCAGCGGCCAAAUUGGCAUCUUGAUUAGAACUUGAUAAGUGUUAUCCUGCUCCUGGAUAUGACAUGUUAAGCAUGGACAACGACUAAGUUGCCCGUGGAGUGCAGACUUCACUAAAAUGAAUAUUUGUAGAACUUUAAGGUAAAAUUAUUACAAUUAACGCGUUUUUCUCUUUAA